UCGUCCCCAUAGAGACAGGCUCACCGUUACACCCGCUAGUCGUCUCACAGAGGCGAUGCCAGCCUUGAUAUGAAACAGAAGGCAUUUGGAAUUUAACAAUUUCCUCGAAAAGCAGACCUCCGGAUGGUUGCCAAACAGAUUUUUUUUUUUAUUAUUGGAUUAACCACCAUCAGCCGACCAGCCGCAGCAGCUUUUACCCUGAGAGGCCGGACCGGAGAUUUGUGUCGCUGUGCAGGGAGGAGUCCUCUCUGUUAUUCCACUGGUAGCUGAAGCACAGCCAGCAUGUCGGCUUUAUAACAACACAUCCCUCUCGAAGCUGUGAAGAGGAACAAAUGCAGUAUUAGAGGAUGGAUGUGGAGGUGAGUGCUGGGAGGGACAGCACCUGGAGAGGAGCAGCAGCAGCAGCAGCAGCAGCAGAUGAUGCAGGAGGAGGAAGCAUGGAGGCUCAGGUCGUACCGCUGGACCUCUACGAUUCUGCAAGAGCCAAAAUAGAUGCAAAUCUCCGCUGGCUGUUUGCUAAGGCUUAUGGUAUAGAUCAAAUACCGGCCGACCUGAGGGACCCCUUCUACACCGACCAGUAUGAGCAAGAACAUAUCAAGCCCCCCAUCAUCCGCAAGCUGCUGUCUGCCGAUCUCUACUGCCGGGUGUGUGGGCUCAUCCUGCACGCUGAGCAGGCCGCCUCCCUCCAAGGUCACCAGUCUGUCAUCCAGGCUCUGUCCAGGAAAGGCAUCUAUGUCCUGCAGGCAGACAACACACCUGUCUCUCAUCUAGACCUCAGCUCGGCUCCCAUCAAGAUGAGCUCCCACAUCCACCUCAUUGACGCCCUAAUGAUGGCUUAUAUAGUGGAGAUGAUCAGUAUAGAGAAGGUCGUGUCCAGCAUCAAGCGUUUUUCCAACUUCAGUGCCUCCAAGGAGCUGCCUUUUGACCUGGAAGAUGCAAUGAUCUUUUGGAUCAACAAGGUGAACAUAAAGAUGAGGGAGAUCAUCGAAAAAGAGUUAAAAAUGAAGCAACAUCUGCUAGAUUCACCCAGUCACCAGAAGUCUCCCUCCAAAUGGUACUGGAAGCUUGUACCUGUCCGCUACCGUAGAGAUCACCUGUCAGGUCGGACUCUUCAACACUUCCCUCUGUUGGACGACCUGUUGAAGGAUGUGUGUGACGGCACGGCUUUGCUUGCUGUGAUCCAUUUCUACUGUCCAGAACUCAUCAGACUGGAAGAUAUCUGUCUGAAAGAGGUUCCCUCCAUAACCGACAGCAUGUACAACAUCCAGCUACUAAAAGAGUUUUCAAAUGAAUACCUGAACAAAUGCUUCUACCUGAAGCCUGAGGACAUGCUGUAUUCUCCACCAGUACUAAAGAAUAACGUGAUGGUCUUCAUAGCUGAACUCUUCUGGUGGUUUGAGAGUGUGAAGCCUGACUUUGUGCAGCCCAGGGACCUGCAUGAAAUCAGAGAUGUGCGAUUGCUGCUGCAGCCUAAGAGUUCCCGGCCUCAUGUUCCCAUCUCCAAUGUCACCAAGCAAAGUUUUAUGACAUCAUCAAUGUCUGCUGAUGUAUUGACCACGCCCCAAAGCCCAGACCUCAGCUCCAAAUCAAACUUGUUAAGUCCGUCUCACUCCUUACUGCCCCUGAGACAGCGACAACAAAAACCGGUGGAGGAGAGCGCUUCAGAGCUCAGAAGGAGGUCCAGCUCUAUCAUGCAUUCAGAUGGGCAACAUCAGGGCUCAAUACUGGCCUGGCCAGAGAGAAGGCAGAGGCCUUUGUCCCAGCCGGUGCCCUACGCCCUGCAUUACCCACUAGAGGACGACACAGACAGUAUCAGCCUUGCUCGCUCCAUCAGCAAAGACAGCUUGGCCUCCAAUAUUAUGAGCAUCACUCCGAAACACAUGCUGGGCCCUGGUCCUCAUCAUAGACUGAGUGGUCAAAGCCUGCUCAGUCACAUGCGAAUAGAGGAUGAGGAGGAGGAAAUAGAAGAGGAGGAACUGGUUGCUGUAAUUCAUCCUUCUGCGUUUUCUCGACAUCGAGUUGGGAGUGACUUCGAGCAGGAUGAGCUAGAAAUCCCAAGUGCAACAACUACGUCGAGGGUUUCUAAUACAGAUAGAUCCAUGGGUUCCUUUACCCUAGACCACCAGGCAGACAGCUACUUCCUGGAGCCUUUGAUGCCUGCUGUCCCCAAGCCAGCCAAAGAAAAGAGCAUCAGUCUGAACAAGGAGGAGGAGAGUGGCGAGAGUCGCUGCAGAGGGGCAGCAUCUGCUAAGAAAACAUCCACAAACAUUCCAAGGCCGUUACAGAGGAAAAACCCUGCGGCAGAGUCAAACAGAAGCCCCUUCACGCCCAUACAUGUGGUAGAAUCAGGCUCGAGAUCUCUCAAGCCGCCCACAGACGGAUCGAUAGGCAUCUCUCAGCAGCCCCAAGGCUUCUUUCUUCAUUUAUCUGGAGAGCCAGAGCCUCACUCCACUGAGGUAGGGCUUGACUCUGAUUCUGACAUAGCAGACCUUGAGGAAGACGAUGACGAGGAAGAUCACAUGGAGCUGACCAAAGAGACGGUGCAGAGAAUAAAGGGACGAUACUUACAGGAUGGAGAGCUGUGCAAAUUUGGAGAGGUUGAGAGUGAGUCGACCAAACUGAGAGAAGACUCGAAGGUAAGCGAGCGGGACGAUAAGGAGGACUACAGUGGGCGCUCGAGCCCCUGCCUCAGCACCAUAUCCUGGGCGAGCAGCUGCAGUGCAUCAGGCAGCACCAGUGUCAAGAUGACUAGCUUUGCAGAGAGAAAGCUUCUCAAACUUGGCCUCCGUGAUGGAUUCUCAAGUACCAGCAGCUCUCAGAAGACCACACCGGAUGGCUCUGAGGUUGCCCCCUGCCCUCCCUGGCUGAAGAGUGACUGCACCUCUGGUUGGCUUGGGAAGGAGCCCUGUUCUGUAUUGGAGAAGAGUUUGGGGGUGAGUCCCCCGGUAGUGCCUUCAGCGCUGCUGCAGCUUCACAUGCAGCUCGAAGAGCAAAGACGCGCCAUCGAGUACCAGAAGAAGAAGAUGGAGACCCUGUCAGCACGGCAGAGGCUAAAACUCGGGAAAGCGGCUUUCUUGAACAUUGUGAAGAAGGGCGGAGGGAAGAGCGACACCCUCCCACUACCCCUGAAACAUUCCCAAUCAACAGAGCUACCCGACAGGAGCAGAGUAAAGACCCAGAUGUGCAAGGACGACUCCUGUCUUGACGCUCUGAAGGUCCAGACAAAAGCUGGUCAACUAGAGGGAGGACAUUUGAACAGAGAUAAAAAGUUGAACAUUCUGUCCCCUGAUAACGCAGCUGAACCUGACCUGAACGAGUGCUCCCACUCCAUCGAUCUACUCAAUGAAGCCAUUAGCUCUAUCCAGCAACAAAUGAUGCAGCUCUCUUUACAGCAAGACAUGCUGAUGAAGCAUGUGGUGUCGCCUUCGGAAAAUGUGGAAUCAUGUACAAGCACAACUCCCAACACAACACAAUCCAACUCCUCUUCCCCGGAGUCGAGAUCGUUUGCCGUACACUUCGUGGAUAUUGGUGGUAGCAGCAGCAGCUCUGCCCCUAAUCGCCGUCCCCCCAAGCUCAGCUCCAGCCAACGCAGCAAAACCUUGGAGCAAAAACAAAGCAGAGAGAAUAGCAAGAAGGCCUCUGACAAGUCUAACGCUGCAUUUCCCAGGGAAGACUCAAAUGAAGACCAGAAUACUGAGAGUCCUGUUGAGUGCUCCAAGUUAGAAAGGUGUAUUCAGAGAAAAGCCACAUUCAGAGUCCAUGAUGACUCCAACAAACGCAACAACACAGACGGAACUGGGCCUUCCUCGGACAAAACUCAAUCCCAAGACCCACACGUCAUGAAAAGUGCAUCACUGUCCCUGUCACAGGCUGCAGAACAAGACGAGAAUAAUGUUACCAACUCAGGGAAGGAAGCUGUGGGGGGAGAUGAGAACUCCAAGAUAAAAGGCCAACUGAUUGAAGUCGACCUGUCAGAACUGAAAGAUCCACUGGAGGAUGGUGGUGGGGAUGUUGAAGACUGCAUGGCAGAGGGUGAACAGAAGAAUGUGCUUGGCUUCUUCUUUAAGGAUGAAGAGAAGGCAGAGGAUGAAAUGGCGAAACGUCGUGCAGCCUUCCUCCUCAAACAGCAACGCAAAGCAGAAGGGGCAAGAUUACGCAAACAACUGCAAGAGGCUGAGAGCGAGCUCAAACGUGAUGAGGCCAAGCGGAAGGCAGAAGAGGAUCGUGUACGUAAAGAGGAGGAGAAGGUGAGACGAGAGCUCAUUAAGCAGGAAUACCUGCGGAAGAAGCAGGAAGAGUUGAUGGAAGAGCAGGGUCUGUCCAAGCCCCGCCCACGGACCAAAUCCCGCAGGAACCGGCCUAAAUCACUGCACCGUGAAGGGUCCAACAGCCUCUCAAAAGGAUCCACCGCAUGUAAUUCUUUGAAGGUGUCCAUGUUGAUCAAAGGGAAGGGCUCAGCAUCAGCAGGCUGCAGGGGAGCUGAUCUGAGUCGCAGUCAUCGGGGAUCGACGCUCUCUUUGGCGACUGAGGGGGACAGUUUUAUCUCUGGAGGGGCGGACUCCCACAGUGUGUCUUUCAGGGCGGGCUCUGUCUGCUCAAUGGAGUCGUUUCCCAUGCUGAGCAGAGCGUCCAGCAGGAACAUGGAGAGGGACUGGGAGAACGGUUCUAUAGCCUCCUCUAUCACUUCAAUGGAGUACAAUGGUCCAAAACUCUUCAAGGAGCCGAGCUCCAAGUCUAACAAGCCAAUCAUCAUCAAUGCCAUCGCUCACUGCUGUCUGGCUGGAAAGGUUAAUGAGGGUCAGAAGAACGCUAUUCUGGAGGAGCUGGAAAAGUGCGAGUCCAACCACCUGAUCAUCCUCUUCAGAGAUGGUGGUUGCCAGUUUCGUGCAAUUUACUCUUACUCACCGGACACAGAAGAGAUCGUCAAGUUCACAGGCACAGGGCCGCGCAAUAUAAGCUCAAAGAUGGUGGAAAAGCUCUACAAAUACAGCUCGGACCGAAAGCAGUUCACGGUCAUCCCCGCCAAGUCGGUGUCUGUCAGUGUGGACGCCCUGACCAUCCACAAUCACCUGUGGCAGGUCAAGAGACCGGGGAGUGCACGCAGGAAGUGAGGAGGAGGAGAAAAACUUGUUUUAUUUUCUGUUUUAUCGAUUUAUGUUGGGCAGGACCCAAUGAUGAGACAAUUUACAUGUGGUCAUUGACUUGAUAUGACAAAGUGGGAUUAGCUGUCCUCGUGGAUGGAAAUUUCUGUGUAUGGCAGAAAAUGAAACAUCUGCCUACUGGAUGCUUUUUCUUUUCAUUCUGUUUUGUCAGAUUUUUUUGUUGUUGCAUGUGACACUUUUAUGCUUUACUUUGUUGGUAUUUUCUACAUUUUAGGCACGUUUCACAAUAUUUACAUGAUGGCCAUUUCCCUCUAGUGUGCUGAUUUGAUCAUGGCUUCCAGUCGUAUAGUUGUAGGAAUCUGUUAAAUCGCUAUCAUUUUACAAAUUUGUAGAUUGAUCAAAACCUGACAAGACAACUGGUAGUAAAAAAUCUGGAUGCACAUCAGGCCUAACUUCAAGGUAAACCAACAUAUUUCAUAAACCAUAUGGUACUUUCAGUUAAAUGACAAAAACACUUCCCAUUUAAACGAUUCCUAGCUUAGAGUGUUAGCGGUAGUUAGUUUAACCAGCUAACACUACCGCAAACUAGCUAAAAUGACUAUUACUCAUACUCCGCUUCCAUUUACUGCUAGCUAGCAAGCUAACAUAGCUAACAUUACUGUAGCUAAUGUACCCAGCUAACUUCAUUGCAGCUGAUAUAACUGUUAGCUUGGAGUUACACCUUUCCUUUUGUAUCUUGGAAUUCUGUUUAACAGUUACUAGCUUGGAAUGCUAAAGUUAGCUUUUGUGAAACAGAAGCUUAAGGGUUUUGAAAUAUGUUUUAACUGAAGUGUGGCCCAAUGUCCAAACACAUUUUGACCAUGCUUUGUUUAAAGUUCUUGAUAAAUCUGAAAGCUAUUGAUAACGAUUUGUGUUUACAUGAUACGAGUACCACACUAUAACAGCAUUUGAGCUUUCCACCCUUGGCUGAAGGUUUUGGAAAAUGGGCACCAUGUAAACACAGUGAAAUGACGAUGGACCGUUUUUUAUGCUGCAGUGCGGAGAAGGACAAGUCAAAUAGCACUGAAUCUACUCAUAGUAGCAAGCACACAACAAAUAUCAAGUGCAACUACAGACAGGCAGUGGUGAAAAUCCACUUAACGUCUUGUAAAGCCAUUUGUGCUUGGACAAAAAAAUACCCUUCUGCUGUGAUUGAUGCACGGCUCAGCAUCCAGAGCCCCGAGUAUUUACCAGUAAACGCUACUGGUCAGUGCUUUUAUAAAGAGGGAGCUUUGCUAAAACUUUUUUUAACGUGAGAAUGGAGUUAAAGUCAGUGAGUGGUAAUGUCCGAUCAUGUUUUCUAUUUUGGUGUGUUUGGGGAAGUGUGUGAGUGUUUCGUGUUGGGGAAAAGGGGACGAUUAAUGCACUGCUUGUGCAUUCAGCUCUGAAUGUUUUCUCGCUCUUUUGAUUAUGCUUUAAAUCUUCUGUCAUGCACACAGAACAAUGGAGCAAAGCAACAAAACGGAUUUUGUUUAUGUUUUUGGAGCUGCUGUUACAGUGGAAGACAAAUUAUGUUUUUAAAGCAGACGAGAUAUUACUAGUAUUUUUCCAAACGGGAAGCGCUUUUGAAGCUUAUUGCAUUAUGCCUAUACAGUGGUUUGUUAUAAUGUAUUACCUUCAUACUAUAUUCCACCUCACGUAUGAGCCGCCAGAGAUCCUGGACCGGCUCAUAUUGCUGAACCAAAAUGAACUGAGCUCUGCCACUGAGCUGUUUUCUGCUCAUCAACUGCUCACUGAUUCUAAUGAGACGUUCGAUUUCAAUGUAGCUUCUGGCGCUCAACACUAGUAAUUUCCCUGUGAUGAAUAACUGUCAGCAGCUGGUGUAAUGUUCAGAAGGGGGAAGAACUGCACAAUACUUGAUAUUUAUUUGCUGCAUUUUGUACAUUUUUGAGUAGUAUUUUUUGUACAUUACGUACAAGUUAUGUUUACUAAUAAGCAGGCACUAUUUUCAGGUGUAUUCUGUUACAGGCUUCAGAGAUGUUAUGAGUCUUAUUUCAUUGUGUUAUAUUUAUGUUAAUUUAUUUGGGAGAGCUAUAAUAAAAUGCAACUAGGUUUUUU